GAAGAGUCUGCUGGAUAUUCGUUCGUAGAAGAAGAACGACACCUCUGGUGGCACACAUGGAUGUAUGAUCAUAACGUGUACCGCUAACGUCAUUAACGUAACCUUUGAGGGCACAUUAGUGGACCAAAGAAGUGCAAUGGCUGGCAGCAGACUAGAGAAGUUUGGGAAUGUGUUUACCCGGGUCCGAGAUCUGAUGCGCUCUGGAGUCGUUAAGCGAUCAGCGAAACCGGUCUGGUACGAAGUUUAUGAAGCUUUUCCUCCAAAGAGAGACCCGCUUCAUGUGAAACCAUGGAGGAGACCCGGGAUCAAGAAACAGGAAACCGUACCAGAGAUCUUCUACAGAGAGGAUGAAGUCAGAGCAAAGUUCUACGAGCUGUACGUACCUGGUCGGCCUUUUGAUCUGUCCAGGUCCAACUUUGUUUCCACGUGUCAGAGGUUUGUAGAUAAAUACACAGAGUUGCAGAGCCGUGCUGAGUUCGAGGACUCGGCUCUGUUCGAGGAGACGGGGAAGGCGUUACUCGCAGAAGGCAUCAUGCUCAGACGCAGAGGAGAUCCACUUGUGUCAGCAGAGCCCAGAGACGCGGUCCUCAGCCUAAAUCUGAGGGACAUGUUGGCCGAGCAGCAGACAGAUGCUGACGGCGAGGAGACGACACAACAGACCACACACACAGAACCACAAACUGCAUAGACUUUAGCGGCUCGAAGGAUGAUCAGCUUUUAUACUUAACAAGUCAUCUGAUUUAUUCACGUGAGCGAGCCCUGACAUCAACAUGAAAAUGUCAGCGGUCAUGAAAAGAGACUUUAAACGUGCAGCUUCACGGCUCCUGAGGCCUAUAAUACAGAGAUUCGAUGAGUGUGUACACAUGAAAGCGGCGGUGUAAGCUUCCUAUAACUUAUCACCAUCAUGAACGAGCCUGCCGUCAGCUGAUCGUCAUAUUCAACAAACUCUGAGCAAACUAUGUAAAGGAAAUGAUGAAGAAGUGAAACACAGGCUGCUACAGACUAAAAUCAAUGUUCUGAAGCAGGUUAAGUGUUCAGCAUAUGUUACCAUGACAGUCUAUCCCGAUCAGAAGUGAACCCUGAUGUGACCUAUGAUGAUGAUAACCGCAAAUCCUGCUUCGUACGGUAACCCUGCUGGAUCGAUUUCACUGACAUGUUAAAUCCUACAGAGCAUUUCUGCAAUACCAGGAUGUUUCUCAGUGCUUCUGAGAUAGUCCACUUCUUCAGGUUUCUUUUGUGUGAUUAAUCAGACAUGUGAAUGCAGCGUUACUUGAAAGGAUUUCCAGUCAAUUUUCAUGUUUCAAGAAUGAGCUGAUGAAAGUGUUUUUUCUGUUCACAGUUUACACACUUGCUACAAAAAAAAAACCAUCAAAAAAAUAAAAACAUACUUGGA